AGAUUCCUUCCAUUGAUGGACAUCUACGGGGAGGAUGUUGAUGGCAACAUCACCUCCAACCACCGUCUCCGUCACCCGUCACCCGUCGCCAUCGCCCCCCCACCUCGCCUCCCAACUCCAACCUUCCUCCUCCGCCCCUUAAUACGAAUCAGCUUGCACUGUAGAGGGACGGAGAAAGAGGAGAGGAUGAAGCUCUUGGCAAUGCAGCAGGGCCACCCCGCCGACGGCCAGAGCAGCGCCGCCCUCCGGGGGCUGGCCCCGCUCGACUCCUCCAAGUCGCCGCCGGCGACCGUGUUCUGGCUGGCGGUUCACGCCCUGUGCUGCCUCGGCAGCCUCGUGCUCGGCUUCCGUUUCUCUCAGCUGCUCGUCUUCCUCCUCUUCUCCACGUCGCCGAUGUUUCGUGCUGCCGAUGAAACGGCCUCCGACAAUCCUGUCCUCCUCCUCUCGAACCCGAGCCCGACGACGGUCAACCAGUCCUUGACGCGCGUGGCUGUGGGCCGGCACGGAAUCCUGGUUCGGCCGUGGCCGCACCCCGACCCCGUCGAGGUCAUGAAGGCGCACCGGAUCAUAGAGAGAGUGCAGAGAGAACAGAGGGCUCAGUUCAGCGCUAAGAAUCCUAACCCGAGGUCUUUGAUUGUGAUCACCCCGACUUACGUGCGGGCAUUCCAGGCGAUGCAUCUGACGGCGCUGAUGCUCCUGAUGCUCGUGCCGUACGAGGUGGUGUGGAUCGUGGUGGAGGCCGGCGGAGCGAGCAACGAGACGGCAUCGCUGAUCGAGAGGUCGGGUUUGAGGACCGUCCAUGUCGGGUUCGAGCAGGAGAUGCCCGAAGCCUGGCAGGAUCGGCGCAGUUUGGAGGUGAAGAUGAGAGUUCAUGCAUUGAGAAUCGUGAGAGAGAAGAAUCUGGACGGCAUUGUGAUGUUCGCCGAUGACAGUAACGUUCACAGCAUGGAGCUCUUUGACAAGAUCCAGGCUGUGAAAUGGAUCGGCGCUGUUUCUUUAGGAAUCCUUCCUCAUUCGACUGUGGAUGAAUCGGACCAAGCCGUUUCGAAAAUCUUGAAUGAAAGCAAUUCGCCACUUACUAUCCAAGGUCCAGUUUGUGAUUCAGCCAAUCAGCUCAUUGGCUGGCGCACCGAUAAUAGGUCACAUAACAUGCACAGGGGAGCGAGUCACCUAGAUGAUCAGGGUUCGCUUUUGCCAGAAAAGCUGGAAUGGGCCGGUUUUGUGCUAAAUUCUAGGAUGCUGCGGAAGGAUGCUGAAGAUAAUCCGGAAUGGGUGAAGGACUUGGACUCACUCAAUUGGGAUCAAGAUGUUGACAGUCCCCUGUCUUUGCUCAAAGACCUAUCGGUGUUGGAGCCACUAGGAAACUGCAGCCGCCGGCUUAUGGUCUGGCAGCUUCGUGUCGAAGCCCGUCCUGGUAGCGAAUUCCCUAAAGGAUGGCUUAUCAACCCUCCCUUGGGGAUCACGGUACCCUCGAAGCGUCCUCCAUGGCCCAAUGCUCCUCCAGAACUCCCAUCUAUAGAAAAUGCAAGCAGCGAAGAAGAGGAGACCGACCAGCACCCGGCUGAAAAUCAAAGGCACGAACGAAGUUUUGGGAUUAAGAGAAGGCACGAGACCGAGACAGCCGAACCCGAACUGCUCAGAAGGGAACCUGUAGAAAAGUGACGGCUUAUCUUAAGAACAGGAGAAGAUGCACAGCCUCAGAAUUCAACAAGCUUCGGCUUCAAGGUAUUUAUAUAUUGCCUCAGCCAAGGCGAACUUCGAAAUUAGCCAUUUUGUUCGAUCUGGAUUACGAGGACAUCAGACCACACUCUGUUUCAUUGGUUUUUAUGCUGGUCGGGGUCCUAAAAUCUAGGAAUCACAGGAAUUUUCUUGCUUAAACUUCCUUACUGCUCGCAUAUUCAGAAAUUCAAACACCGGACAGACAUAUGAAAAGUACAUCUUCAUCUUCUUCAUUUGGUCUUCGUACGUUACAGAAGUUGUACAUGGUAUAACACAACUUUAUGGGACAUUUGUUUGAUUGUAAGAAAAAUUGCACGAGUUCUUUCGACAUCUAUGUGAAAUCAUGGUUCAUGCCUUGGCGUCAA